UACGAGCCACACGACAGCGUGUGCAACCACCCAUGAACCCUGGCGCAUUGCGCAAAGCGGGUCAGUCAGAUUCUGACCGAUCCGAUAUUUUAUCAUUUGGACGGAGGUUUAUAGGUUGUUUGUGAUCGCGGAGCAUCUGGCUUUCAAGGCUGGUGAUCCAUGGUCCAGCAGCGGGAUUUGGCCAUGGCGUCCGUGCAAACAAGUACCUAGUAUGUAUACCCCCCCAAACCACUCGGGGUCCUCAGCCCGAGGGGGGGGGGAAGGGGGGAGGGGUGGCCCAGCAGACAAGGUUUCCCCAUGACUGUAAUCCCCACGUACCAUAUUCCUGUCCUAAGCAUUCCGAGCAUAACCGCGCAUGGAAAGCACUUUAGCCUUCAGGAGGAUCGGAUAGGCAGUCAAAGCAAGGAUCCUUUUCAAGCCGUUCAACUUGUGUGCGUGUGCAGCAAACACACCCGUCCACCCGUCUUUCUCAUUCCAUGUCAUCAACAAGCGUACGACCUGCAGCACACAAAACAACCCUCAUCCGAAAACCUCCGUAACGCCCGGAACUUAAACUGGGAACACAUAUCGAGCGACUGCGUCCAGCCUUGCGACACCAAUACAACCGAAACAGAAGCCGGGGGCUCGAUCCCUUCAGUUCUGCUUUCUGAGAGAGAGAGAGAGAGAGAGGAGGCUUUGCAACAGGCUUGGCACAGAGCCCACUCUUUUUUUCUUUUUCUUUUUCUUUUUCUUUUUCAAAAAAACACAUGCCCUGAGCUGAGUCUGCGCUUUUCCCCCGGGGAUUAAACUCUCCUGCAUCGUACGUGGUAGUGGGAGGUCUGGAACCUGCCAGUAGGUAGUGGCGGCAGGGUGGUGCGGCCCGGGGCCAAGCCUUGGCCCAGCGAGGCAAGCAAGCCUCGUUGCUACCCCCCCCUUUGACUCACUCAGUGAGCAUGAAAUUCUUCCUCAGG